AUGAGGGGAGCAAUCAAGGCCGCCAUAGCCGAUGGCUUCCUCACCUUCAUGUGGAUCUUUUGUGCAUCGUCCCUCGGUGCCCUUACGUUUGUGGUCUCCUCCGCCCUCGGUGUAGCCCAGGGCCUACCCACCCUCGUCAUAACCACCCUCCUCGUCUUCAUCCUCCUGUUCGUCUUUGGAUUCAUCGGAGAUCUAUUGGGUGGGGCCACCUUCAAUCCCACCGCCACCGCCGCCUUUUACGCCGCCGGCUUCGGUGGCCCGGACUCUCUGGUCUCUGCCGCCAUCCGCUUCCCAGCUCAGGCAGCUGGUGCAGUGUGUGGUGCACUUGCGAUUUUGGAGGUUAUGCCGAUACAGUACAAACACAUGCUUGCAGGUCCUUCCCUGAAGGUUGACUUGCACACCGGAGCAAUUGCUGAGGGCGUUUUGACUUUUGCAAUCACUUUUGCGGUCCUCCUUAUUAUCAUCAGGGGUCCUAGAAGCCCAAUCAUAAAGAACUUGCUGCUAGCUAUGUCAACUGUGGCUCUAGUCGUUGCGGGUGCCAGUUAUACUGGGCCUUCCAUGAAUCCUGCCAAUGCAUUUGGCUGGGCUUACAUAAACAACAAGCACAAUACAUGGGAGCAGUUAUAUGUGUACUGGAUUUGUCCCUUCGUUGGAGCAAUACUGGCUGCAUGGGUCUUCCGUUUUCUGUUUCCACCUCCAACAAAGCAGACAAAGCAGAAAAAAACCUGA